AUGGAAAUAGAAACACCAUUGUUGUUCAAGUCGACUCCAGAAGGAGCAAGCGAGUUCCUUGUCCCGACCAGAAGGAAAGGACUGAUGUAUGCAUUACCUCAGAGCCCACAACAGUACAAACAACUGCUCAUGGCUUCUGGAGUUCAUGGAUACUAUCAGAUUGCUCGUUGUUUUCGAGACGAAGACUUGCGUGCCGACCGCCAGCCAGAAUUCACCCAGCUGGAUCUGGAAAUGAGUUUUGCCAGUGGCCAGGAUAUUCGACGGGUCGUUGAAACCGUUGUACAGAACGUCUGGUCGGGUGUCCUCGAUAUUCCUAUGUAUACAUUGACAGCCGAUGGAAAGUACUUGGAAAAAGUCGACUCCGACAGCCCUAACGCUUUUAGAAGCUUGUCUUAUAACAGUGCCAUCAGCAGGUUUGGCAUCGAUAAACCGGAUCUACGAAGUAGUCUUGAAAUUAUUGAUCUCUCAGACUCUGCUAAAGCCAUAGAGAGCCCAGAGUAUCCAAUUAUUGAAGCACUCGUGAUCCGUCCCGAAGUAAACGGUUCCUUUACCCAAGAGCAGAUCGACUUUCUAUCCGACGAAAAGAGCUAUAAAGCGAGAAUACCCAAGAUAGCCCUGAUAACAGAGUCUGAUCUUGCGUCUAUAGAGCAGACUGUUGAAAGAAUCCUGCCCCCUAGCGUUGUAAAUAUUACAGACAAGACCCGAUUCUACAGGGAAUUGUCGCUACAAACUGGAGACAUUGUGGCAUUUAGCACGCGACAGCAACUAUCAUAUGAGAAUCCCACUCCUCUUGGCAGGUUCAGACAGCUUGCUAUUGAACAAUUCCCCAACCAGUAUCUCAGAACUGGAGCUGAUGGCCAACCUCUCAUCACCCCAGACGACUUUGUAGCUACCUGGGUCGAUGAUUUCCCACUAUUCAACCCUGUAGAGACCACCCAACCUGAAGUCAACACUUCAAACUCAACUACUUCUACUCGAGUAGACUACCCAAAAUUCGACCUUACAUCUUACGUAUCAACACACCACCCGUUCACCAUGGUUCACAUGGACGACUACGAGCUUCUGUCGACCGCACCACUGCAAGCCCGAGGCCAGCAUUACGAUCUCGUCAUCAAUGGGGUAGAAGUCGGCGGUGGCAGUACACGUAUCCACGACACCAAACUACAAAAGUACAUUUUCGAAGAAAUCCUCAACAUCACCAACUCCAAGGCACUUUUCGGGCACCUUCUCGAAGCCUUCGACACGGGCUGUCCACCACACGCCGGUCUCGCCAUCGGGUUCGACCGCAUGACCGCCAUGCUCUCACGAACCUCCUCGAUCCGCGACGUCAUCGCGUUCCCCAAAACCAUCACCGGCGCCGACCCGCUCAUCGGCAGCCCCAGCAAAGUCAAGCCCUCGCAACUGGGGCCCUACCACAUCCGCACCAUGUAA